AUGUUUUGGGUUUGGGCAAUUGUGAUGUUUAAGUUCUGCAUUGACUCGACGCGUUCACAAACUUUGGACAUUACUAGACUCAACAGUAGUUUGGAUACUUUUAAUGUUCCACCUUCAAUAUGCAGUAAUCCUAGCACCGCAUGCAGCUCCUACAAUGCUGUAGGUUCUACUUGUUCCUGCUCAUGUGCUGCUAACAGGUCAACGUUCACAUUUUUCAACAACCAAUGGCAGUGUUUGACAAACGCAGCAGCGAGAAAACAUUUCCAAACAGGUAAGCGAAUGACAAUUUUAGCCCUUUCCCUUCGCAUUUGCGGCCAAAAUACAGGUGAUUGAGAGUGACUCAAAGAGAGGGUUUUAGGAGUGAUUGUAAGGAAUUAAGUAUUUAUAGCGACGUUUGAUUGGCUAAACCGAACGUUCUUUUAAACGGAAAAGGCCUUUUUUUUUAGAGAAAGUGGUUGCUUUCUCGUCUCUGAUGGUAAUUCUAAAUUAGAAACGCUCGAAGUGCGCAAUGCAUAGACAUCAAUACGCAUUAAAAAAUUUUGACGAUUAAGCACCAAACUGCAAAUCCUUGUACUGUGGUCCACACGUUUAUCAAAUAAAUCGAGAGUUUACCAUCAUCGCAAAGGCAAAUUAAAAAAAAGGAAAAAAAUUCGUCGGGGUCGUUGUGUCAAAAAGCUGUCUUAAAAAAUGUAUGGAAUGAUCAGGCGAUAUGCACUUGAAAUCACCAGCUGUUCAAUAUUCUGUUUAUUCGGAUCAUAGCAGCAAAGGAUAAACAAAACCUCCAAACCCAUAAUCUAAUGUGAACGUCGUCUCUAAAUAAUUGGUUAUAAAUUGAAGAUGGGUUUUACAAUUAAGCAACACGCAUAAUACAUCCUUUGUGUUAAAACCAAUAACCUUUUUGAAAUAAUUUAAUUAACAAAUAGACCUUUCCACAUUGAAGCCGGGGGUCGUGAAAUUGUAUUUUUUUUGCACGGUACGAAGGCAAUUUAUUGAGGAUAACGUGUUUUUAUGAUUCUGAUUCCUCAUGGUACACUCAGUGAAAUAGGUUGUAUAUUAAAAGUCUACAUGCAUCUACAAAAAAAUUUUGUUUUUUCUGCUUCUUGAUUUUGCAGAGAAACCGGAGUAAAUAUCGCGACAAAUAUUGUUAAAAACGCUAGAUGAUUUGGCUGUUACACAAUAUAACUGACAAUUAUAUCAGUCGACUGUGAACUGAACCCUUUUCAUUUAAAAGAUUUACUCUGACAAAGCUAGAAAGGCAAAAUGAUACGUGGAAAUCUCUACGAUCAUUACAAAUUGAAGGCAGUUGACGCUACAAAAACUGCCAAGUAACUUGAAUAGUCGAUAAGAACUUUUAAUUUUGCCAAUAAAUUUUUGGUCCAAUGGAAAUGGAAAUCCUUCAAGAGAAUAAAGGGACAGUUAAUGAACGUUAAUGUAUUUUCAUUAAUUUCAAUAUUUCACGUUAUUAGAGCAAGAUGUGUAAGUAAUUGUCCCAUUCCUCCAUUUUUAACUUUUUAUAACGUGAAUUCGUUUUGUGUAGCAGCAAUCAAUUGAUAAAUAGUGUCAAGAUGGAUAUUUUAACGCACGAAAGAUACUGUCAGUGUCUUUAAUUAGUGGCUCAGUUAAACUUCAAUUCCUACUGAAAGUUUGACUUUCUUAAUCAUUCACACUCCUUAGGCUGCGAUGGGGCGACUACAUUCUCCGGUGAAAAUAGAGAUGGGCGUUUACCAACAUUAGCCAUUGGCCAGAGGAGGGAAAUUUCGUUGGAGUACUGGCUUUGGCAAGCGUGGACAUGUUCUUUGUAUUUGCCAUCUUCAUGGUUUAUGGGAUGUGAUGGUUCUAAAUAUCUGUUUAGGAAUCAGGUAUAUAACGCUUCUGCCCGACUCUUUUCAAUUACGAGGAGUUCGCCGACUGCUCCAUAUAUCCUUCAGGUAUGAACAUGAGUCAAAUGUAAUGGAGAUAUAUAAUACAUAUAUUUAGUAUAUACUAAAACAGUGGAUAGUGUUUUUCGGGCGCUCUGAUUGGCUAAUCAAUCAGUGAAUAUCCUGCACUAUUCACUGAUUCACCUCCAGUUCCUCCGAGCGAGCGACGCCAAACUCGCGUAGGUUGCGAGCAAAAUGCUUUCCCGGUUUGCUGCCGUAACAAACUAAGAAAUUUCACAACUAAUCAAGCAAGCUAUUUCCGAAAUACAUGAAGAAGGUAAUGAAGUUCGGUUUGGAAGUUUUAACAGGUAAAGCUUUAAUUUGUCUUUUUUACUUGAAUAGUUAUCCAUAAAACCGGUGAAAAAAAUUUGUUUACAAAUGCAAAUUAAGCUUAAGUCUUGCGUUAUUUUAUUUAGUUGACUUGUUCAUAAAUAAGCUUAAAACUAAAUUUAAUAAUCUUUUUUACAGAAUUAUUUUAAAUACAAACAGAAUUCACAACUCCUUUUGAAGAAACUUCCCCGCAAGAGCUUAACAAACGCCUUCAAAAGCUUUAUUUGUCGCUAAGGAAAAGCGACGACCGCGGCCGUUCGGUCAUCUCGCGCCAAAAUUGUAAUCGUUGACAACAGUAAAUGAGUUAAACAUCAUUAUUUUGUGCUCAAAUAUCUCACUGUUUUAGUAUAUACUAAAACAAUUUUUCACCUCAGUGUCGGUGGCUGGUGGUGGAUAUAUAUAUACCUCGCCGCUUCGCAGCCUCGGUAAAUAUCCAAUACUAGCCACCUCCACUUCGGUGAAUAAUAGUUAUAUAUAUAUAUCUACGUUGAUUUUUCUGAAAAUGUUUCAAAGUACUCAGGAUAUUUUUUCUACAGGCGAGAAGAAACUCUCUGCGUGUCCGAAGUUGUUUAUUUACCCGAAUAAAUCCAACCUUGGAAGUGAAUUUUUAGUGGCAAAUCUUUUUUUUUUUUUUUUUUUUUAAGGUAAACUCAGGUGUUCAAGAUAGUCAUUUACUGAAGGGAAAAGUCAUCAACCUGGUCAUGGGCUGCGCCGCAACAUGGCUUGGAAACACCAUUGUAAAUUUGAGGAACUGCUUGGUGUUCAAAUUGGAAGGGACAGAAACUUGUAAGCUUGUUUCUCAUUUCUAACAUACGCUUUGCCAAUAUGGAUUGCACUUAAAUGUGUAACCAAAUCGUCUUCCUGGGCAUUAGUUAGUGUUCCUAAAUAUACAACUUCAUUUUUCAAUAUUCAAAAAAUUGGUAGGAAAAAAGGACUUAAGACCCUACUUGUAAUAACUGUUAAGGUCUACUAUUCGCUCUACUUUGAUGUGAAAACAAGAGCAAUAUCAAGUAGCACAUACAAGAACGUCCCUCAAUUAUCUUGAGAUCCGUUAACUAAUACUUUCCUUGCUACUCUUAAUUGUAAUUGUUGAAUUUGUAUUUUUUUUCCAUGUAAGCUUUGCAAUUUUGUUAAAAAAAAAAAAAAAAACGCUUUAUCCGCCGGCAUGUCUAUGAUAUACUAUCGUUUACGUUUAAUGUCCUGUAAAUGUUUGUUUAUAUUCGGCAGCAAUGUGACAGUUUAUUUCAAAACACGCUUUUAUCAUUUUAUCAGGUCGUGUUAACAAGCCAUCAAACUCUACAAAUCCUUCGAGCUAUGUGGCAUCGUUAUCAAUGCCACGCAUGGAAACACAGACACCAAUCAUCUCGUCGAGCGCUUCCAUGGCAACACCCCUCACAGUCCUUGGUACUACACUGGCAUCCUAUUCAUCUGUAACAUCACUGACUACUUCUCAUGCUACGUCGGUGAUUCCCACGACCUCGCCCAUCACUUCGAAUUGGUCAUCCACAAGCACUAUAGUAACAGCUCUCCAUACUUCAUCCACAGCCUUUAAGUCUUCACCAGAAACUUCCAGUACUCCACUGGGAAUCUCAACCUCUGAGAUUACACCGAGGGCCUCGCCUAGUUCCAUGAGGGCUAUUGUCACUUCAGUGAAAGCCUCACAUGCCUGGCCGACAGUGUCCAUUAGUUCUUUGCAGUCCUCUACUGUGACACCCAUAGUAUCCAGUAUUUUACCAACAACUUCCAUGGCUUUACCGCUUACAUCGAUGGUGUCCGCAAGUUUACUAGCUUCACUGGUAAUCUCGCAUACUUCACUCGGAGUAUCUCCUUCCUUUAAGCAAUUCUCCAUUAGAUGGUCCUCUAAAUCGGAUGCUACAGUAAAAACAGUCUCCAGCUCAAUAAAAUUAGGGUCAAUCAAAGCAUCAACUACUUCGGUGACGCAUUUGAGAGCAGCCUCAGAUAAGUGGUCAACAACCCGCGGUAUAACAGCGACAGUUAGCACUCUUGCAAUACCUCUCGAUGCCUCAUCAAAAGUGACAAUUGUACCUAAAGUAAUUGAGGUUUCACCUACAACAAGACCUAUAGAGCCAGGUGUUAAUCCAUCCUCCUUUGAACCAAUUGUAAGUAAAUGUAGACAAAGUAAAACUUAGGCUGCGUUCGAUUGAUCAUAUUCCGGAAUAAGAACAUGCAAAAGUCUUGUUGGAAAUCUCUUUAACCGCAAUUUUUAGGCACUUAAAGUCGCCAUAUACAUCGGGAUAUUUCAUUUCGAGCAUAUUUCUAGCUAUUGCAAAGCGAUGAACAACAAAUUUAGUGUUUUUAGAGUUUAUUUUUUUAUUGUUAUUCUGAAAUACGUUCACACGAACAUGCCCUUUAAACCCGGUAUAAACAAGAAACCAGCAAAGACUUAACGCUAAGACAGAUACUUUUUUUAUCAUAAAGUACUCUAAUUUCCAUUUUAUUAUCCAUAAGUGUGUGUUAUUUGAAUUUAAAUUAUAGUCACAAUUAUUCACAACUUUAUUCGUCGAUCUCUCAAAUCACCUAUGAUGGAGGACUGAUCUCGCAUUUAUUAAUUGUUUUCCCAGAUUCCUCCCAACGUUAGCAGUGGGCGAAGGAGCAACAGAAACCGUUUAGUCAUUGGCCUCCUUGUAGGGAUAAUGGCAGCCGUCAUCUUAACUGUUAUCGUUAUUGCACUUCUCAUCCAGAAACGUCGCAAUUCAAGGUAAUGAACCAGUGACCAAACAAUGAAAAUAUAACGAGCAUAAACAGCAGGAAAAAUCAACAACCCUCGUUAACGUUAUGUUGUAAUGUUAUUAAAAAUAGAUUGCAAAGGCGGGGCCCUCAAAUUUUACAAUAUCUGUGCCAUAAUUAAGAGGAGAUUUUUAGCGAAAUCUAAGGGUAAGAGCACUCCCUUUUAAACACUGAAUUUUAACUACACGACCGGAAAAUACAUUUAGAGGUUGGGUAAUGUGCUCAUUACUUGAAACCACCAUUAAUUUCGAGCUGGUGAACUGAUAAAGUACUGGACCUUAAAAACUGCUGAAAUGCACAAAACCAAAAUAUGUUUAGCCGUCAAACAAAAGUGUGAAAAGUUAUUCUCGUUAUAGCAGCUACUGUCGGGUCUUAGCUCAUAGACUAUUUGUUUUAUCAACAGAGGUACAUACCGUCCAAGAUCCGUGAGUGAAGAAACCAAGGUAGGACUAGAUGGAAAACUGCUUUAAAUUCUGCAGACAGAAGCUUGACUUUUUACCAAGCCAUUUAGUAAGAAAACUCAAUACUACGAGUACUAACAGAACAUAAGCAACGUUGGAGGAUUUCUGGGUGGAGCCACAGUAUAUUUUUGGAAGUAUUAAGAAUAGGACAUGGAUAUGUGCAAACGAAACUGAUGUUAUCUGUGUAUUUUGAUCAGAUUUCAGUAUUAAUGAGCCCGCGAACAAACUCAGUGCAAGAUACAGGUGAAGAUGGAAGUGAUCCCAACACCCUUAAACGAUCACGUGAGUAACUCUUGUUGUGGUGAUUUUUUAUAGCCUCCAUGUAAUGGUACUCAUCUCAGGUGACUUUCUGAAUCCUUAUCCUUUUUUUGUAAAUUAUUGCACUAUUGGUCAUUGUAGACAUCGUAUGAAACAAGAACGGUGUUGUGGACUGCCUUUGGAACCCUUUGAACCGCUACCGUAAAUUUCAAUCGGUAUGGCGAGUAAUAAGAUUGCAUUCUUUCCCAAAAACAGUUCUAGUACAAUUCAAUCCAAUACGACCCAGGCUCGGACGCAACAUGGCCAACUCACGGUCAUCACAUUCCCUAGUCCAGAAACUAAAAGGGGAAUGGAUACAAGCUUUUGGCGCAACGAUUUAUGGGAUCAUUGGAGGAUUCAAGCGUCAUUUAUGAUUGGUUUACGGUUGCUUUGAAUACCGUCAACCAAUAAUUACUAACGCUUGUCCACCCAAACGAUCCCAAAAAUCGUUGCGCCGAAAGCUUGUACCCAUUUCCCAUAUUAUACUACUACACGAGGAAUUUCUGCAAUUUGAUUGGCUCAGAGCAGUGGUAUUUCAGCUUAAUUUGAAAUACCUACAUGUGAAAAUUACAAACCUUUUGCGGGUAGUAGUAUAAACAAUUAAUAGCAUGAUUUGUACGUGAUAUUUGGCAUAAAUACCACUCGUGAUAUUUCAAAAUUGUCUCAAAUUUCACUCGCCUAACGGCUCGUGAAAUUACGUAUAACAAUUUUGAAAUAUCACUCGGGGUAUUUAUGCCAAAUAUCACCACAAAUCAUGCUAUUACCUGUACUAAUUUCAGUAGAGGGAAAUUGUGUGGCUCUCCAUUUAACUGUAAUGCUUACUGAAUGUAUUUCUGUCUGCUUGUCUCAUACUUUUUGUUCUCCUUCUUAUCUUAUCCCAAGAAACGUCAGUAGUUCUAUUAAAUCAGAAUAUUACUUUUGAUGUUAUAUGGGUUUUUGAACUGUUCGUUCCAGCCAUGUACGUGCCAAACUACCGAAUUCCCUUGUGGCAGGAUGAACAAGACAACACCUGUGUGUAUGCAGUCCUCCAUUUCCCUGAAGGUGUAGAUGGUAGAGUCAGGACUGGAGAGGAACCAAUCUAUAACGUUCUUGAAGAGCCAGCUACGAACAGUGAAGAAGGCAUUAAAAAUGGCCAGCUCAUUGAGACGGACGAAGAUGUGUUUCAUGUUAUUGAUGACAAAACUGGCGGAGACUCCGGACCAGGCGCUUAUGAUAAUCAUAUUUAUGCAGAAGUAGUACGUAAACCUAAAAGACGAACAGCCAUUAAAAGUAAGCGCCCUGGUAACUAUUCAGAACAUUCACGAGAUACACUACGAAAGGCUUUGGAGCCUUAUAUGAGAAGCGCAGAGGAAUCAGACCAAGACGACACCCCUGAUACAGAAAAUGCCAUCUACUUCACUCUGGAGAAGUGUUUCUCGGAUAGCUUUAAGGCGGCUAAUAAUGAUUCCGCAGAUGACAAAACAUCCGCUGGAAAAACCUUGAAAGGACCAGAUCAAUACAAGGCCGUCUGCACUGAGGCAUUAGUCUUCUGCACAAAGAGGUCUGGCUCUAGAAGAUCCAUUAACAACAACAUUGAAGCUAGAUUUACAAUUGAACAAGUGUUCGAUGAUUUAGAGGCACGUUAUCUUCAAGGGACAGGAGUAACAGAGAAAGCUUCCUCACGCAAAGCAGAAACCACCUCAGAACUUGAAAUGGAUAACUUAAAGAAAGCUCGGAGUGACUCAAAGAAGGUGAAUGAAUCUGUGUACAACUUUUUAGAAGAGGUUUGCCGACAAGGACUUCCAACCUUUCAGUCUGCCUCAAGCCAGGAAGGGCCCGUUUACUUCACACUGAAGAGAUUAAAAUCAAAUCACUCCAAAGCAACAAGAAUGAGACCAAAGUGGGCUGCUGAAACUGGUUCAAAUGCUUUGGAAGAACGUUUCCUUAAGCGUGCAGAAGGAUGUGACCUGAACGAUAGCACCUCAGCAGAAAAGCCGGUCUUCUUUACACUGGAAAGCUGUUGUUCAGAUAGCCUAACAAGAGACAAAAGUGAUACUAUGCACGCAAAUGAACCAGUUAGUCAAGGUUUAGAGGAACGCUACCUUAAAAGAGCAGAGGGACCUGGCCAAAGCUUUACAUCGAGAAGGAAUGAUCUCAACAAUUUAGAAAGGAUUUAUGCCGAUAGUUUCAAGAUCCCGAACAGCGAGUCCCAUUGUUAAACUGAGGCGGUUUACCAGGUUUUGUAGCAAGACUAGAGAAUGCAUAUCAUCAUUUUGACAGGAAAUAAUUUCACCUUUUAAUGAGCAUAAGGAAUGACAAUCGUGACGCAAUGAAUGAUUUUCCAGUAAUCGGAUACUCAUGUUUUGCGCACAGGAUUUUGGGAUCGCCAGGGGGCAAACAUUGCGAGUCGCUAUAAAGAAUUGUAUGGCGUGGAGUUGUUUCUCCGUUAAAAGCAGUAAAUUUCCAUUUUAUUAUCCAUAAGUGUGUGUUAUUUGAAUUUAAAUUAUAGUCACAAUUAUUCACAACUUUAUUCGUCGAUCUCUCAAAUCACCUAUGAUGGAGGACUGAUCUCGCAUUUAUUAAUUGUUUUCCCAGAUUCCUCCCAACGUUAGCAGUGGGCGAAGGAGCAACAGAAACCGUUUAGUCAUUGGCCUCCUUGUAGGGAUAAUGGCAGCCGUCAUCUUAACUGUUAUCGUUAUUGCACUUCUCAUCCAGAAACGUCGCAAUUCAAGGUAAUGAACCAGUGACCAAACAAUGAAAAUAUAACGAGCAUAAACAGCAGGAAAAAUCAACAACCCUCGUUAACGUUAUGUUGUAAUGUUAUUAAAAAUAGAUUGCAAAGGCGGGGCCCUCAAAUUUUACAAUAUCUGUGCCAUAAUUAAGAGGAGAUUUUUAGCGAAAUCUAAGGGUAAGAGCACUCCCUUUUAAACACUGAAUUUUAACUACACGACCGGAAAAUACAUUUAGAGGUUGGGUAAUGUGCUCAUUACUUGAAACCACCAUUAAUUUCGAGCUGGUGAACUGAUAAAGUACUGGACCUUAAAAACUGCUGAAAUGCACAAAACCAAAAUAUGUUUAGCCGUCAAACAAAAGUGUGAAAAGUUAUUCUCGUUAUAGCAGCUACUGUCGGGUCUUAGCUCAUAGACUAUUUGUUUUAUCAACAGAGGUACAUACCGUCCAAGAUCCGUGAGUGAAGAAACCAAGGUAGGACUAGAUGGAAAACUGCUUUAAAUUCUGCAGACAGAAGCUUGACUUUUUACCAAGCCAUUUAGUAAGAAAACUCAAUACUACGAGUACUAACAGAACAUAAGCAACGUUGGAGGAUUUCUGGGUGGAGCCACAGUAUAUUUUUGGAAGUAUUAAGAAUAGGACAUGGAUAUGUGCAAACGAAACUGAUGUUAUCUGUGUAUUUUGAUCAGAUUUCAGUAUUAAUGAGCCCGCGAACAAACUCAGUGCAAGAUACAGGUGAAGAUCGAAGUGAUCCCAACACCCUUAAACGAUCACGUGAGUAACUCUUGUUGUGGUGAUUUUUUAUAGCCUCCAUGUAAUGGUACUCAUCUCAGGUGACUUUCUGAAUCCUUAUCCUUUUUUUGUAAAUUAUUGCACUAUUGGUCAUUGUAGACAUCGUAUGAAACAAGAACGGUGUUGUGGACUGCCUUUGGAACCCUUUGAACCGCUACCGUAAAUUUCAAUCGGUAUGGCGAGUAAUAAGAUUGCAUUCUUUCCCAAAAACAGUUCUAGUACAAUUCAAUCCAAUACGACCCAGGCUCGGACGCAACAUGGCCAACUCACGGUCAUCACAUUCCCUAGUCCAGAAACUAAAAGGGGAAUGGAUACAAGCUUUUGGCGCAACGAUUUAUGGGAUCAUUGGAGGAUUCAAGCGUCAUUUAUGAUUGGUUUACGGUUGCUUUGAAUACCGUCAACCAAUAAUUACUAACGCUUGUCCACCCAAACGAUCCCAAAAAUCGUUGCGCCGAAAGCUUGUACCCAUUUCCCAUAUUAUACUACUACACGAGGAAUUUCUGCAAUUUGAUUGGCUCAGAGCAGUGGUAUUUCAGCUUAAUUUGAAAUACCUACAUGUGAAAAUUACAAACCUUUUGCGGGUAGUAGUAUAAACAAUUAAUAGCAUGAUUUGUACGUGAUAUUUGGCAUAAAUACCACUCGUGAUAUUUCAAAAUUGUCUCAAAUUUCACUCGCCUAACGGCUCGUGAAAUUACGUAUAACAAUUUUGAAAUAUCACUCGGGGUAUUUAUGCCAAAUAUCACCACAAAUCAUGCUAUUACCUGUACUAAUUUCAGUAGAGGGAAAUUGUGUGGCUCUCCAUUUAACUGUAAUGCUUACUGAAUGUAUUUCUGUCUGCUUGUCUCAUACUUUUUGUUCUCCUUCUUAUCUUAUCCCAAGAAACGUCAGUAGUUCUAUUAAAUCAGAAUAUUACUUUUGAUGUUAUAUGGGUUUUUGAACUGUUCGUUCCAGCCAUGUACGUGCCAAACUACCGAAUUCCCUUGUGGCAGGAUGAACAAGACAACACCUGUGUGUAUGCAGUCCUCCAUUUCCCUGAAGGUGUAGAUGGUAGAGUCAGGACUGGAGAGGAACCAAUCUAUAACGUUCUUGAAGAGCCAGCUACGAACAGUGAAGAAGGCAUUAAAAAUGGCCAGCUCAUUGAGACGGACGAAGAUGUGUUUCAUGUUAUUGAUGACAAAACUGGCGGAGACUCCGGACCAGGCGCUUAUGAUAAUCAUAUUUAUGCAGAAGUAGUACGUAAACCUAAAAGACGAACAGCCAUUAAAAGUAAGCGCCCUGGUAACUAUUCAGAACAUUCACGAGAUACACUACGAAAGGCUUUGGAGCCUUAUAUGAGAAGCGCAGAGGAAUCAGACCAAGACGACACCCCUGAUACAGAAAAUGCCAUCUACUUCACUCUGGAGAAGUGUUUCUCGGAUAGCUUUAAGGCGGCUAAUAAUGAUUCCGCAGAUGACAAAACAUCCGCUGGAAAAACCUUGAAAGGACCAGAUCAAUACAAGGCCGUCUGCACUGAGGCAUUAGUCUUCUGCACAAAGAGGUCUGGCUCUAGAAGAUCCAUUAACAACAACAUUGAAGCUAGAUUUACAAUUGAACAAGUGUUCGAUGAUUUAGAGGCACGUUAUCUUCAAGGGACAGGAGUAACAGAGAAAGCUUCCUCACGCAAAGCAGAAACCACCUCAGAACUUGAAAUGGAUAACUUAAAGAAAGCUCGGAGUGACUCAAAGAAGGUGAAUGAAUCUGUGUACAACUUUUUAGAAGAGGUUUGCCGACAAGGACUUCCAACCUUUCAGUCUGCCUCAAGCCAGGAAGGGCCCGUUUACUUCACACUGAAGAGAUUAAAAUCAAAUCACUCCAAAGCAACAAGAAUGAGACCAAAGUGGGCUGCUGAAACUGGUUCAAAUGCUUUGGAAGAACGUUUCCUUAAGCGUGCAGAAGGAUGUGACCUGAACGAUAGCACCUCAGCAGAAAAGCCGGUCUUCUUUACACUGGAAAGCUGUUGUUCAGAUAGCCUAACAAGAGACAAAAGUGAUACUAUGCACGCAAAUGAACCAGUUAGUCAAGGUUUAGAGGAACGCUACCUUAAAAGAGCAGAGGGACCUGGCCAAAGCUUUACAUCGAGAAGGAAUGAUCUCAACAAUUUAGAAAGGAUUUAUGCCGAUAGUUUCAAGAUCCCGAACAGCGAGUCCCAUUGUUAAACUGAGGCGGUUUACCAGGUUUUGUAGCAAGACUAGAGAAUGCAUAUCAUCAUUUUGACAGGAAAUAAUUUCACCUUUUAAUGAGCAUAAGGAAUGACAAUCGUGACGCAAUGAAUGAUUUUCCAGUAAUCGGAUACUCAUGUUUUGCGCACAGGAUUUUGGGAUCGCCAGGGGGCAAACAUUGCGAGUCGCUAUAAAGAAUUGUAUGGCGUGGAGUUGUUUCUCCGUUAAAAGCAGUGUCUCUGGACAUAGAAUGCCGCACUUUGCCAUGAUUUUAUGAGAAACGGAGGUGACUAAUGUUGGUGCGUUGAAAUUUCAAGUUUCUGUGUGAUUAAUGCGAUAAAUUCUAUCGAUAAACACUCCGUGCGUGAGGUUGAGUGUGAAAUUUAUGUUUACUGAAUUUACACUGUGAUCUACAUGAAGAAAAGGUCUCGAAAUAUAUAGUGCAAACUUAGGUAUACAUGUAGGGGGAUUGGCUCAUUUAAGCUUUUUAGUUUUAAUUACGUGUGGUGAUAUUUACAACGAGUGUAACUGUGCUCGGCCGCGAUCAGCUCUGUGCGGGUUAUGACGCUCAACAAUCGUAGGACGUGGCCAUAAAAAUAAAAAAUCCUCCUUUACUUUGGUAUAAACAAAGUAACAUCUACGAAAUAUUUCAUGGAAAGUACAUGGUAUUUAACCAUUAGUAGAUGACGCAGAAAUCGUACGAACGAGUAAGAUUUCCGAUACAAAAGCAGUGAGCCGUGUAAAUAAAUACCAAGUUGAUGUGCGAAAUUCAGAGAUUCUAUAUCUUCCCUCAAAAUGAUCAGAAAAGGCAUUAGAACUGAUUGGUGCCGUCUGGAUCAUGACAAAACAUUUCGCUUGUGUUUUUUUGGCUAGAAGGAAUCAAUAUAUUAAUGUGGGGAAGAUGUUUUGCUUUUAAGGUUAAUACAUAUCAAAUUCGACAAUACAUAAGCUUACCUUCGAUCGUUGUCACAAAACUGGCUCAGCGUCGUGAUCGCCGCCGAGCCAAGCGUAAUUACACUCGUUGUAAAUAUCAGCACAUGUACUUACAACUGGAAAGGCUUAAUAAAUGAGUCCACAUUCCCCCCUCAUUUAUACCUGGUAAGUUAGUACUAUAUAUUUCGAGACCAUUCAGUAAAUUUCACAGUCGACCUUUUGCAAGAACGAGUGUUUAUCGAUAGAUUUCAUCGCAUUGAUCCCAAAAAAACUUACAAUCAACGCACCAACAUUAGUCACCUCCGCUUCUCAUAAAAUCACGGCAAAAUGCGGCAUUCUCUGUCCAAAGACACUGGUUUUAAACGGAGAAACAGCUCCACGCCAUACAUUUCUUUGUAGCGAUUUCCAAUGUUUGCCCCCUGGCGAUCCCAUAAUCCUGUGCGCAUAACUAAGUCUCCGAUUACUGGAAAAUCAUUCAUUGGCGAAAUUAUUCUAGGUAGUCCAUUUUUUCCUCUAUCACAAUGGCAUAUCAUAUAUAUGACCCAUCUGAUAGUCAAACGAACUAGAUAUUUCUAGAUGACAACAACUUUGACAAGGGGCUAAAUAUAAUUGUCCUUCUACGCAUAAUUGAUACUUUUAAAUCAAGUAACAGAGACAAAUUUUUGCGUCUUGUAAAUUUAUGGUGAUACGGUUGAUGGUUCAGAAACGUAUGUCCUUGGACUUUAGAGAUUUGAGGUUACGG